UCUAGAUUUGUGAUUGUCUUAUCAGUUUAUCGGUGCCUUGCAAAUCACCCCUUACGUCCCCGUGUACUUCAUGAUCUCUUUGCUGUUGACCGCCACACAGAACCAAUGUUACCUAGACUCAGCGUUGUCGUUGCCCUAGUGAUCUUCAUUGGGGGAUGCUGCGGCAGGUACGUCAUCCGUCCCCUUGGUUACCUGAAACUCCCAAACAGCGUCACCCCCACAGACACAUACAAGAUCCUCUCGGGGUCUGCAGAGGAGGCGGCGUACGACCCCGAUGACCAACUCAUCUAUGUCGUAGGCGAAGGAUCUCGACUACUCCACGUCGUGGACGUCACCAACCCCAUGAUGCCAAAGCGUCUCUUUACCCAUGAGUUCAGCAGUGCUGAUGGUGUACCGCGAGACGUGGAGGUCUGCAACGGCGAGGUGGUUGUAGCUAUGUCCUCCGAUGUACCCGUAUUUCCGGGUCACGUGUUCUUUUUCAGGACAUAUAAACGAGGCUCUGAUAAGAUGGACUUUGACGGCAAAGUUACCGUGGGCGAGUUCCCGGAUGUACUGAAGUUCGCCCCGGAUUGCAAGACCCUGGUUGUCGGGAACGAGGGGAGGUCAGGGGUAGACUACGCGGGGAGGUACCUCGACCCCGAGGGCACGCUCACCAUCAUCUCCAAGUCGACAACUGGCAACCCCUCGGAGAGAUUCGUCGAUUUCAAUAAGUUCAACAGCAGACAUGAGAUUCGAAGUGUGGCGAAGUCCAUCCCUUCAAAUCUCCUGUCCGCUCGAAGCACAAUCGCACAGGAGCUGGAGCCGGAAUACGUGACAGUGCCCAGUACGACAACUGCCUAUGUCACGUUCCAGGAGAACAAUCUGAUCGCCCAGAUCAAUCUGAAGGACGCGACUGUGCCUGUUCUGUUUACCAUGCCACACAAAGACUUCAGUGACGUCGCAAUGGAUGCGAGUGACCGGGAUGGAGGAAUCCACAUGCAAAAGUUCCCCCUACGCGGCCUCCGCCAACCCGACGUCAUCAAGAGCCUCGUGUACAACCGCAGGACGUACCUGUUUGUAGUGGACGAGGGCGCCAUGUCCUCCUUCACCACGGCCUCUCACAGCAUACAGUGGGAUGAAGGAGAGAGGGCUAAGGUGGUCAGUUAUCAGAAAGGAUAUGACACGAGCGCCAUCACCAACGCCUCAUUCCUCGCCGACCUCAACGACGACAGCAAACUCGGGCGCCUGUAUGUGAGCCGCAUCGACGGGUUAAACCCGUUCACCAGUAAGAUUGAGGACGUGUACACAUACGGAGGGCGGGGCUUCUCCAUAUGGGACGGUUCCUCCAUGGCGAUGCUGUACGACAGCGGUGACGAAUUGGAACGACGUGCCAGGGACUCCUACUACAACGUCUUCAACUCCGAAGGUGUGGAGCCUACGGUAUACUCCCCCGAGACCCUUAAGGACAGCGUAUCAGACGACAUGGGCCCAAAACCGAAUGCAAUGGACGUGAUCAGAGACAAUAACGAGAACUUCAUCCUCGUCGGCAGUGAAACAACCGGCAUCAUCUACCUCUACAAUGUCACCCUCGGCACUAAGGUCAACGUCGACUUCCAGGACGUAUACAGACGCGGCAAGACAGACUCGCUGUGGUCUCAACUGUAUGAUGACGAUGCUGCCGGAGAUAUGUCGAUCUCUGACAUCGGGUUUAUCUCAGCUAGUCAGAGUCCGACCAACAGAACGAUGUUCUACGUGUUGGGGGCAGGCAGCGGUUCCGUGUCUCUGUAUGAAGUGGAGGACCUGGGACCCGAUCUACCUUCAUUUCCCUAGGAGGGACUUGUGACAAUAAACUUUAACAAUGGUGGAAUAAUGGCAUUUCAUUAAAAAAUGUCAGAACAUA